GGGGUAUAAUCCGAUGCCAAUAUGGCGGCCGAAAAGACCAGUAAAAUUAACGAUAUUCAAUCAAAAUUGAGAAAGAAAGGCUGGAGUAUUAAAUCUGAUGCAAUUGAGGAAUUUGUUCAAGAAUUUGGUGAGAGACAAUGUACUGAUGAAGAUGUAAUUAAGUGGGCUGUCAAUUGUGAUUUGAAAGUGGUUGGAUCUAAAGUACUUUCUGAGCAUGUAAAGCGUGGACAACUACAAUCGAUUGAAGGACCUGUUGUCAUGCAGAUUCAAAAAAUUCGCAAUAUUUCAGCACCAAAGGCAAAUGAGGAGUCUGGGGCUGCUCCACGCUUGCUUAAGCUACAACUUACUGAUGGUCACAUAACAUGCUUUGCUCUGGAGAAUUCUUUCAUACAAAAACUCAGUUUAUCAAUACCACCGGGAACUAAGAUUAGACUGAAAGGUACCGUUUUUUUAAUCUCUGGUUUUAUGUUACUGGAACCCCGGAACGUCGACGUUCUUGGUGGUAAAGUUGAAAAACUUGUUGUGAAAUGGGAAACGAACAAGAAUGUUAGUCAACAGAGGGGUAAACCUAGUAUGUUGAGUGAUGACGGUCCACCAUUGUUCAUUGGGUUUGACACCAGAACGAGUGGUGCUUUGAAGAAAACCUCUAUUGCGAAAUUAAUAGAUGAUAGCCAGAAAACACAGAGCUCAUUGCUGAAAGAGGAAAGCACGAGCCAAAAGGAAGAAAACAAGAAAAUACACGAGGAUUUUGAACACAGCCGCGAUCAACGUAUCCAGACUGCUAAACAGGGUAAUGAAAGCCAUACUAACCCCACGAAAACCGAAAACAGAGCACAUAAAAGUUUUCAAUCCGGCGGAAAUCAGAGGAUGCAACUUGGUUCGUCAGGCGACAGAGGUCAGUGGCGAGUUGAGAGUAAACUUAAUGCAAAGCCGUCCAACGUUCAAAAACCAGAUGAAAGUGGGCAAAAUCAAAGAGACGAGGCGUUCUCAAACAAAGGCGGUGGACAGCAACAGAAAUAUACAGAAAAGAGUAAUCGCGAAAGAAGACCGAACUCUCAAAGAGGUGGAAGACACAAUGACGAUUAUGGGGACGAACAGGCGACUUCCCGACCGUCGGAGGGAACUCUCUGGGAUUUUCUUGAAACUAAGCUUCCUUCAAAAGGUAGUAAAGGAGAAAAAGUUAAAACAAAAGAAACCGCAGACGAUCAUCUAGAUGAGGAUGGAAGUCAAUACAAUCGACAAGCAAGCGUUCAGCGCGAUGGUCAUUAUAGAAAUCAACGUGGAGAUCAGCGGGAACACGGCAGGAUAAAGGGUUCUGCGGGGGAUCAAUCGGAAACGAGCAAAAAACAAGCAGUUUCCAAAGAUUAUCAGCAAAGUAAAUAUGAAAACCAAGGACGACGGUAUGAGCGCGAUGGUCGAGAAAGGAACGAAAAGGGAAACGAGCGUAACAGGAAGCAAUCCGAACGAAGUCGGAACCAACAGAAAAGCGAACAUCAAUGGACAGAGAAGGAUGGAAGAGCUGCAGAGAGAUAUGAUAAUAACAUGAAAUACAGCAAAGAAAAACAGAGGGGUAGCGAUCAGCGUGACUACCAAAGGAACAAUCCACCGUCGGGAGCAAAUAGUGCUAAUAAACAUGGCAAACAAACAGAGAAGUCGCAUGAAAAUCAAAGUGGCCAUGGCGGGAAGGAUUUCUCUCAAGACGACAAGCAACGAAAUGAUAACUAUAGAAAAGAGCAUUCAAAAUAUGAUAAGGCAGACAAUAGGCAGUCACAGGGUCGUGGUGGUACACGACAAGACUCUCAUGCAGGCAGUGGAACACAGGAUUUUAGAAGACAAAGCCACGGCCGCGACAAUCGCGGUGGUGUGUUGAGGGAACAAAAUUAUCGAGGAGGUAAAUCGGGCAUGGAUGUGCGUUCCGACACAGAGAGAGUGAAAACCGAAAAAAAUUCGCAGCAAUCCAGGGAUAAACUGGGCGGGAGAAAUUCACCCAUAGGACAAUAUAGAGGGAGUAAAGAUAGACCGACAGAGGGCAGGAGUGAGAUUUCAGGUAAAAAACAGAAAGGAGAGUCCAAGGCAACGCCUGAAAAUAAUGUAAUUUCUAAAGGAAUAAAAGGAACGCAGGAAAGGGAUAGUCAAAUGCACGAAACGUCAGUACCAGCUGGGCAAAGCGAUAAUCAGAAAAGUAAACACCAGAAUGAAAGAUACAGAGAAGGUAUAUCUGGAGGUCGCAGUUAUGAAUCUCGGAAGCAGCAUUGGUGGAACGAGGGAGAAGAUUGUCUCGCUUUUCACGUCGAACAUAGACAGUACUAUCUUGCAAAAAUUAUCAAGGUAGAAGUUCGUCAUAAAAGUUGUGUUGUAAUGUUCCACGACACUGGCAAACGAGAAACGAUUAAUUGGUCAAAUCUUCUUCCUUUGGACUUCGAGGUAACGCGUCAACCUUUUCAAUCCCAAGCGAGAGGGAUCAUUCAUGCAUCACCAACGCUAAUGCAGGAAAGGAGCAACAAGGUACAACAAGAUGUGACAACAUUUGCUGCACCACCAUUUACGCCGCCCAAUUUCGACGAAGGGUGGCCAGAAUUACACGGAGAUGCUGUCCAGAAUAAUGCAAUUCGCUCACAACGACCAACGCAGGCAUUUUACAAGCCACCAAGAAAAGCAAAGGAAUGAAAAUUGAAUCGUAAUUAUUGGAAAAUAUAAAAGCGCAUUUUGACAUGACCAUUACUACCUAUAUGCAGUUUUGCAUGAAUAAUUGUCGAAAUGAUUUUGAUUUCAAAUGAAUUUCAAUAAAAAUACUUCCUUUGGUUUUACAAUUGCCAUAAAACUACAUCGCGAUAAUAAUG